AGAGAGGGCAUUCACAUAUAGCCUUUUAUCUGAAAAAUGAGGUUUUUUCAGGCUCUCAUCCUCAUCCCUAUUGCCAUAUUGGCUUUGGUAAUUUCCUUUGCUGAAGCUUAUGAUCCAAGUCCACUCCAAGAUUUCUGUGUCGCCAUUGAUGACCUAAAUGGUGUUUUUGUGAAUGGUAGGUUCUGUAAAGACCCGAUGCGAGUCAAUGCAGAAGAUUUUUUCUUCUCUGGCCUCAACGUGCCUGGGAACACCAGUAAUCAAGUUGGCUCCAAUGUGACCACGGUUAAUGUUGAUCAGAUCCCAGGGCUAAACACCAUGGGCAUAUCAUUGGUGCGCAUAGACUACGCUCCACAUGGACAAAACCCGCCUCACACGCAUCCCCGUGGCUCAGAGAUCCUUGUCCUUAUCAAAGGAACAUUAUACGUCGGGUUUGUCUCUUCCAAUCAAGACAAUAACCGUUUAUUCGCCAAAGUAUUGCAUCCUGGCGACGUAUUUGUGUUCCCCAUUGGAAUGAUUCAUUUUCAGGUAAAUAUUGGGAAAGUCCCUGCCGUUGCUUUUGCAGGAUUGAGUAGUCAGAACGCUGGUGUAAUCACAAUCGCAAACGCUGUGUUCGGGUCAAAUCCUCCUAUAUAUCCAGAAGUUCUAGCCAGGGCGUUCCAGUUGGAUGCAAAUAUUGUCAAAGAACUUCAGGCCAAGUUUGGUCCAUGAACUUCUAAGUCGUUAUGAGUGCUUAUCAUUGCAAUAUGCAC